AUGAAUCGAACAAAAGGUUUAUCACAAUAUUACGAAGAAAAACGACAGAUGAUUAUGAAUAAUAAUGAAGAAAACUUUCUUUACGAACAAAAAGAUCAACCAAAAGUGAUGAGAAGUAAAAAAUUUCAUGGAAUUAUAAGUACAUGCAUGCAAACUGGAAACUCAUCGAUUACACAGAAUAGUCAUAAAUAUGAUUCAACUACUAGUAGUGAACAAUCUUUAACACGUAAAUUUGUUCGUUAUUCAAAUUUUCGUCAAAGUUGCCAAGAAAAUACUUAUCCAGGCAAUCAACAUAAGUAUCAAAUAAAAUCCUCAUCAUUCCGUAUUGAACCAAAACUAAUCUACGAGGAAACAUGGUUAUCCAAUAAACGAUAUAAUACACGUGUUGCAGCCAAUAUUGAUAAUAGGAAAACAGAAACGACGAUUGAAAAAAGUAAUCAAACAACUCCGAAACGUAAAUCAUCACGUACAUGUACUUAUCAAGUAUCUAACGGACAGGUUGUUCACGAAAGAAUUUAUGCGCCGACGAUCAAACCGAAACUGUGCUUACGGAUUGCUGUCAAUGGUGCAUCGAAAUCUAUGCGCGGUCAAUUACCAUUAUCAAAUUUGAAUUUAACUAAUGGUGAUUUUGGUGACGAUGCUGGAAUGAUUGUUGAAAAUCGAGAUUAUUGUUUCGUUGGUUUGGCUGAUGGUGCUAGUGGCAAUCGUUCAUUCGGUAUAAAUCCAGCUGAUUUCUCUCAGGCCAUUCUUGCUGCUUGUGGCGAUAUUCUUAAUCAAACGAAAAUUCAACCAAAUCAACUGCCACGACUUAUUAUGUCAGCUAUGCAACAAGUUGAAGCAAGUCAUGUUCGAGGUAACACAAAUGUUUCAAUAAUUUUUGAUAAAGAUAAAAAAAAACACAUCGAUGAUUUAUACAUAGGUAGUAGUACAUUGUGUUUAUUCGCCCUUGAUAAACAAGAAAAAACGUUGACAUCGCUGAAUAUCGGUGAUAGUGGUUUUGUUAUCUAUCGAAAUAAUGAAAUUUACGGUCGAUCAAAAUGUACGAUGAAUUCGAGCGGAAUCGGACCAAGACAAUUAUUCGCUGUCAAUGGUUCACUUGGCUUACCAUGUUUCAUCAAUGAAAACGAAGUACUACGCGAUUGUUCAUUGGAUAGAGUCGCAGUUCAAAAAGAUGAUAUUAUUAUCUUAUCGUCAGAUGGUUUAUGGGAUGUAAUUAAAGCUGAUCAAUUACAACGAAUUGUAAAACGAAAUGCUAAUAACCAUUUACAAGAUUUAGCUGACGACCUUCUAAGUCAAGCAGUUGAAGGAUACCUAGCCAAUGGAAGAGAUGAUAUUUUAAUUAUUGUGUGUCGAGUUGAUUCGUCGUUAUGA